UAAGGUGUUACGUUCAUAAUUGCCAAUAGAAAAUAUUUACAAUGGCUGUACAAUGGCUGUCUUGUGGUAAGAAAAAGAAAGUGUAGAUUUUGCCUGUGUAGUUAGUGACGAUUUGAAGAAAAUGGUGUUGACCGGGCGGCGGUAAAAGUGUUCGUCAGGUAUUUGCAAAUAAUCUUUAAUCCAUCUCUACCAUGGCAUCUAACAGUGACGGCGGUGCCGGUAGUAGUACUUUUGUCUCUGACACUUUAUCAAGAAAUUUUGCUACUCGGGAUUAUGACGCCUUCAAUAAAGGUGGCAAUGAAGGAAAUGCUAGGAGAAGGUGUGAUCAUACGUUAAAUGAUUUAGAUUACUACAAAGAACAACAUCGUGCUGUGAUGAACCAACUUGAAGUGUCAUCUCAAGAUUCAGCGUCUUUACGGAACAAAUAUGCUGAACUUUUGAAUGAAAAUAAACUGCUUCGAGAAGAAAACCAGCGUUUGCUCAAGGAAACUGAGCACAAUGGGAAUGCCUCGGAAGCACUGUUUAUGUCUCAUACCCAGGCUCUGUCAAAGCUGGAAUUGGCUCAGGAUGAAAAUGCCAGACUGAAAGAGCAAUGUGAUGUUCUAGGUCAAGAAAGAGGAGCAGCACAAAGAGAUGUGGCGGGUCUAAAACAGAAACUUGUCAAGCUUUGUAGGGAUUAUGCCAAAUGUCAGGCCGCUGUUCAGAAAUUACAGCAACAAUAUGAAGAUGCUGUUAAUGUGACCCUUAAAGCAAACAAAGAUAUUAAGAGAUUGACAGAUGAGAGAAACGCAACUAUGGCGGAGUACAACCUUAUUAUGAGUGAAAGAGACACAGUGCAUAAGGAAAUGGAGAAAUUAAGCGAUGAUCUUUCGCAGGCCAUGAAAAAGUUGACCAUAUUGGAUUCCACAAAUAAAGAAUUGCAGGAAGAAAAAAGGGCACAGAAUUACCAACUUGAGUCUUUAAGGAGGGAGAUUUCCAGUGCCUUGCAGGAAAGAGAUAAGGCUUUAAAAGAAUGCAACGAUCUUAGAGAAAAAUUCGGUGAUCUAGGAGCUACUUCUCAAGACGGUCGUCUUCUCUUAGGCGACCAAAUGAAAAAGAGCCGGGGUCGCCUGAUAGACAGUUUGGGUACCCUUGGCGAAGGCGGUGUACGGAAAGAACAUCUCAGAGAAGAUUCCCGGUCAAUGGCGCAAAGACAACGUUUAGAUAAUUUAGAUCAGGCUAAUCAAGAGCUGGAAUCUUUGAGGAAGAGUUUGGAUAAGGCGCAGACGGAAUUAGCGGAAGCGGUUCAAGAAGCGGAAGUUUCUAAAGGAAGACGCGACUGGGCUUUCUCUGAACGUGACAAGAUAGUUCUGGAAAGGGAGAGUAUCCGGUCCUUGUGCGAUAACAUGAGGAAAGAAAGGGAUAGAGCCGUGUCGGAACUUGCUGAGUCUCUACGAGAAUCUGAUACUAUUAAGAAGCAACGCAAUGAGCUUGUGAAAGAGAACAAAGCAUUGAGAGAAGCUUUGGAGUCUCAUAUGGAACGGGAGGGACGAAUGUCUCAAAAUGUCGAGGAGCACUCUUGCGGACAUACAGAGGUCAUUCAAUUAGAAUUAACCACGGCCGAUGAACAAGCUUUGGAGUUCGCCGGAGGUAGAGAAUAUCCGGGCGACGGAAGCGUUUAUGUGGCAUCUGUCGCAUCUGGUUCGCCUGCAAUCGGGAAAUUCUUCCCUCACGACCGUAUCUUACGAGUCAAUGAUGUGGACUGUAGUCAGGCUUCGUUGCGCGUCGUGACUGAAGCUAUACGUUCGAGCUUACCUGUGGCGCACGUGCUAAUAAAAAGAAUGAGGUGUGCCCGCGACGAAAUUAGAUCAGUAGGUGAGCAGGUGACCAAAUGGAUUCACACCGCUCGCUUAGCACCCGGUUGUCACGGCCUUUCGUUAAAAUUGGGAGUUUAUAUAAAUCGAAUCAGCGAAGGUAGCCUCGCAGCCAGAGAUAAGAGCCUCACGGUUGGGGAUAGAAUACUUAGGAUCAACGAUAAGUCCAUGGACGAUAUAGAAAGCACUAGAGAAGCCAUGAAGAUACUUAACGACGACUCCAGCGAUGUUAUAAAUAUCACCACUCUGAAGAUGAGCUAUCCGGAAUGUCCGAACGUUUUCACUCCGGUCAGGCGCAAUAAGAAAGAAAACCGCAGUUCUCAGACCGAGGAUUGGAUGAGUCACGGCGAUUAUAAGUACAGCGGACAUGAAAAAAAUAGCAGCGCGUGGUUGAAAGAGAAGCUCGAGCUCAUGCGCGGUCCUUGGAGGCACUCCAAGGAAGAUAAAAAAAAGUAUAGAAACAGCUCACCAAAUCCAAUAGAUUUUGGUCAUGAACAGGCCAUAGCUGAACUGGACUCAGUUCUGGACAGUUACCAUCAUGGUACUAUGAAGCGGGUGGAAGGCGCGAAAAGACAUUUAACUCGGCCCAAAGAGGAGAAAAAUAACGGAGGUACUUGGCCCAAGGCCCGAGCAGCCGCAUUGUUGACUCCAGGCGGCGGCACUGUCGUUACCAGAACUAAAGAACGUCUGCCUUUAAGUCUCCUCGCCCAACCAAAAGACAAUCAAGAAAAUUUUUACAGGAAGUCGACGCCCAUUCCUCUGACCAUAGCCCCGCAGAGCGUUCCUCAAGAGAACAGAUACUCCGCGGUAUACAAAAGCGUCGACGCAUCUCAUCACUUUGGCAUGGUCGCAGAUUCUUUUGAAAUCGUUAAAUGCUCUCCAAGCAUCUCUAAUAGACAAAGUGUCAACAUGAAUUCUGAUAAUAGUUUGGAUAUGCCACUUCAGCGAUCGUUCGAGAAAGACAUAAUGAAUUACUGUAAGAAAACAACAGGAGGCCGACUUGGAAUCAGCAAAUAUGGUUCGGAUUCCGAACGAGAUAGCAUAAUUGGAGGCAUGCACGAUUUGGGUCCGUCCCAUAGUCGUGGUCCUAGCCAGCUAUUUGUGGCCCCUCGUGUGCAUUAUCCUUACCAUCCUCAUCCGCACCCUCAUAUUAACCACUCGAGAGAAAGUUUUACUUUUGAACCGUACCAACAUAACCACAGCCCUUCGGCGGACGUGGGACUAAGGCGACCUCCUGAUUUGCUGGAUACUGGCGGUACUUUUCCACGCAAAAGAGAGGGACGAUUCAAGGUACCGUCCACUAAAGUCCCUUCGAUAACUAGUGUUACAUCGAAGUUGAGCACGGGGAGUAUCGAAAAAGUUAUUUCUGAGAGAGGUAGCCCGAUGCCUAUUUUUCAAGUGGAAGUUCUAAGCAGUCCCGGCGACCAUUCUUCCCAGGUUAACGCGAACAAGGAUUACUGCUCGUGGGGUCACAAACCUUUGCCUGGAGAGCUGAGACGGGUUCACAUAGAUAAAUCUAAUGAGCCACUGGGCAUCCAAAUCAGAGACAAAGGUGGUAUAUUUGUUUCGACCGUAAACGACGGCAGUUUAGCCAGCCAAGUGGGUCUCCAGAUAGGUGACCAGCUUUUAGAAGUGUGCGGCAUCAAUAUGCGUAACGCCACUUACCACUUGGCGGCCAACGUUUUAAGACAGUGCGGCAACUCCAUCACCAUGCUGGUCCAGUACAGCCCCGACAAAUAUCGAGAGGUGAAUGAGUCGCUUUCGGGUUCGACAUCAAACGAGGAAGAGGAGGAGGAAGAAGAGGGAGAAGGAGAGCCGACCCCUUGCAAUUCUCCCAAGGAAAUUAGGAAAACAUCUAUACAAAAUAAACCAUCACCUUUAACGGUUAUGCAGAGACAGUCCGGCGUUCCAUCUGUCAUUAAUCCAAGGGGAACUCUGGAGGAGCCUAGGUAUUUGUGCAUUGAAACCUUAAAAACGGCCAAUUUGGGUAUUUCCCUAGUAGGCGGCAAUGCCGCCGGAAUCUUCAUCCAUUCGGUUCAACCGGAUUCCUUGGCCUACCACGCCGGAUUACGUACGGGCGAUCAAAUUUUAGAAUACAAUGGCUGCGACUUAAGGUCGGCCACUGCCGAAGAUGCGGCCUACGAGUUAGCCAAGCCGGCCGACAAAGUUACCGUAUUAGCGCACUAUCGCAUCGACAAAUACAACGAAAUCAAGGACAAACCAGGGGAUAGCCUGUACGUCCGAUGUGGCUUUGACAGAAGUGGCAACGAUUUGACUGAACCGCCGGAGUUGUUCUUUUGCAAAGACGACGUGCUUUACGUAGAUAAUACCAUGUUCAACGGCGUACCGGGACAGUGGCGCGCGUGGCGUCUAGACGGCGACGGGCACAGACAACAGUGCGGUGUUAUACCAAGCAAAUACAAGGUGGAGGAGGAGCUGCUUUUAAGAAGGGGAGCUGGGGAUAGUAUAGAGGGUAGGACAACCACCACGGCGCGACGAAGCUUCUUUCGUCGGAAGAAACAACAGAGAGGUGGCUGCGGAUCAUCCGGCUUGGGUUCGUCGACCUCGAGGGAUUCCAAGGACUUGACCAGUUUUUGCAAUUUGUCACCCGGAUGGUACUCUGACAGCGGUUCUCUACACGAAGACCUCUCCCAAUUGUCGUAUCAACGAGUCGAGCGCCUACAGUAUCCCGAAUUCCGUCCAGUAUUGGUGCUCGGACCCCUCGCCGAGUUAGUGUCCGAUAAGCUCGUCAGCGACUUUCCCGAAAAAUUCCAAAGGCCAAUAGCCGACACCAGGAGGUGUUCGCAGCACCAGCUCGACCGCGAACUCGAGGACGGAUUAAUAAUCGAGUACCGUCGACGCGGAUCGACGUUCGAGUGCAUCACAGUAGCCGCCAUACUCGCCGUAUCUCAAUCGAGACUCCACUGUAUGCUCGACUGUUCUAUCGGGAGCGUCCAACGCUUAAGAAGGCACAAGGUCAACCCUGUCGUACUUCUGAUUAAGUUCAAAAGCACCAAACAGAUUAAGGAGUUGAAAGACGGGAGGUAUAGUUUCGAUAAGUUGUCGGGCAAGGCGGCGAAGGAGAUGUUUGAGCACGGUCACAAAUUGGAAGCGGAAUACCGGCAUUUGGUAACCGCCAUCGUUUCUGCCGGAGCUAACGUGGCUCACCUUUGCGCACAAGUCAAGGCCGCCGUCGAUGCCGAACAUAGGAGGAGUCAGUGGGUACCUGUGUCUUCUUUGAGAGGGCAAUAAAACUAAACCGAUUGCCGGCAAUAUUCAAUGACAAGCGCAGUCAAUAUUUUUUAUGCGUUUCGGUUGAUUAGAUUUAGUAUCGCGGCAGUAUUUACUAUAGCCCGGUCACUCUAGACAUUCAAAAAUACAAAAAUUUACAACAAGUUGAAACCGAGUAAAGUUAUUUAUAACAAUGAAAAAUAAGAUUUUAAACUUGCCCGCCAUGCCCGUACUUCGAAAAAAGUUUGAAAAGGUCAAACGUAAAAAAAAAAUAGUUUUCGCGAUUUUAAGGAAAAGGGUUUAUCAUAAAAUUACCUCAUACAAAAAAAAAUCGUUGGUCAUAAAAUUAUCUAUAAAAAAUGUAUUUAUAAUUUUUUUCCUGAGAGCCGUCGGAUCAAAAUGUUGUAAAAUCAUCGUAAUAUGCACGCCACCUAUGAGGGCGUGGUUUCCUCAAUAGACCGAUUCGACAGGUCUGUUUUAGUCGUAUCUUAUUCUUUCUAAAGUUGUAGUUUAGCAAAUAUCUCUUAGUUCCUUCAAAGUAAACUGACAAUUGUCGCUGCUUCCAAUGUAAGUAAAUAUUUUCUCCAUUGCCAAAUUCAUAACUUCAUCUUUGGGACUACCGAUUUUACCACCAGAGGAAGGUUUCAUGAAAGAAACGUAGAAAUCAUAAUGAUACUUGGUCUUCAGUUGCGAUUAAGUCAUGUCGUGUCAGAUUCGAGCAAGCACAGGUUCUGCUGUAGCGUCGGAGCGAGUCCGAGCUACUUUCGAGAUUGUAUCUUUAAAUUGAAGUGUACUUACUUUGCUAAUUCGACGGCGAGAAUCAGAAGAUUUUCUUCUCUUAUACGCUUCAUUCGAUUCAUUUCCGCAAAAUAGAUUUUUAAAAUGAGAAAGCUGAUUCACUUACUUGUGAUCUAGUACGAGGAGGACCUACUUCCUAUUAUUCAAGUUGUCUUUUAUUAGCUGCAACGAUGUGUAAUAUUUACGACAAUCUUCAUGUAUUGUCACAGAUUUCUUAAUUUAAGAAACUCUGAAAAAUCGUCACCUCUUUCAGUUGUCGAUUAAUGUCUUCAGUUAAAAGUUUACCACAAAUAAAACAAUUUUCUGACAUUUUUAUUACAAAACUCAAAACAGCACGAAAUAGGUUGAAAUAAAUGCAUGUGCUCGAAACUAACGGGAUUUCAGUUAUUCAGGGAGAAAGAUGUUGUCUCAAGGUUACCCUGCCGGAUAAAUUAAGGGACUGGACUCAUAGAGAAAUAUUUCAACUUCGAUUGAAUCUUCAGAGAUGGAAAUAGGUGGCGUACUUUUGCAUAUUGCGAUUACAUUGUGAUUACAGCUGUUACAACAUUUCGAUCCGUUAUAUCUCAGAAACGAUGGCUCUUAGGGAAAAAAAUUAAUCCAUUUUUUAUAGAUAGUUUUACAAUCUACAAUUUUUCUUUGAGGUGAUUUUAUGACAAAACUUCCUGAAAAUCGCAAAAACUCCAGUUUUUGACCUAUUUGACCUUUCGCAACUUUUUUUUCUAAGUACAGCAAUGGCGAGGAAGUUUCAAAUCUUAUUUUCAGCUUGUCGUAAAUUUUUGUAUCUUCACUCUUAUUUUUCGUCUAAAACGUUGGCGACCAUGUAUGCAACUAACCUGCCGAACUGUUUCGAAAAACGAAAAAUCCAACGAACGUGCGCCAGAAACACUCAAUAGUUUCUUUAUUUAAAAAAAAAAACAUAGUAAUAAGUAGUGCCUUUUAGGGCUGCCAAUUUUUUUUACCGAAACUGAUAUUUUAUGAUGUACUUUUUAGAUGUUAUAUACACAAGUGAGGUGGUUGUAUAUUCUUUUCUUCUGUGAUUCCUUUUAAUAUUUCUCACGUGUUAGUUAUUUCUUGAAAAGAAAUAAAAUAUGUAUUUAUAA